UUGCCCCUGGGAGGAACCCUCGUUCGCCAUUCCGUGCCACCGACUUCCGCAUUGGCUCCCAGGCUCUGCGAUUGCCCGCUUGCGGAUGCAACGCCCUAGCUUUUGCAGCUCGCCGCGCUAUCUGAGACAGAGUCAACGGACAGGCGUGAUCCUUGGGGAGCUGUCACCACCUUUCGCCAUCCCUCCAUCUCUGAAGCCUCGACCCUUCACCAGACCAGUGUCGGUCUAUAGACACGCCCGGUCGCCAUCAUUCCUACCGACUCUUCAUGAGCUACGAUCCCAGACUGGCCGCCCGGCGGUAUGGCGGGCCAAGCGAAGAUGAUGAUGGAGAGGGGAGGAAAGGAGGCUCCGUACGGGCAGCGCGCGAGAGAUUACAGGCGUCGCAAUAUGAAAGACAGCUACCAGACCGAUCGAAGAUAAUAGGACUGCCACAGAGGCCGAAUCAGCUCGUCUCCCAGUUUUCGACCCAGAACCGUCCGCAGCCGCAACGCGACCUGACACCCCCGGAUAGCAGAGGAAACGGAAACACAAUAUCCCCCACACCACAAUGGCCUCUUCCCAACAACGCAGACGAUGUAAUAGACUCACGUCCCGGCCCGUAUCCGAAGUCGCCCAACCGAGGGCCUCCACCUCAGAGACCUCCGCGACCAACGUCCGACGAAUUACCCAUACAACAACCCAUGUCUCCAGGUUAUCGCGAAUCAUACCAAAGCGAUGAGGUCUUCUCACCAACAUCUGCCCAAUCCAGACCCCUAACUACUUCCUCCGCCGCAUCCGAAGCUUCAUCAUUAGGAUCUAUACCAGAUUUUCCAGUACCUCAACCCCCAAUGCCAACAAUACAACCACUUCCCCGACGAAACCCCAGCCUAGGCCCGCCUCCUUCUUCCCGUAGAGGACCCUCGUCGUAUUACACCCAAAUAUCUUACGUGUCGCCGAUUGCUGAAGAGUCAGAUACGCGUUCAGAUAUCAUACGGUCGCAACAUGGUUCCUUUGCAUCAAGCAAUGUCAUACCCACGAACGAUGAUUUCUAUCCAGAGGACAAGUAUGCGCGCUCUGACGAUGAGGAGACAGUAACAAGCGACUAUGGCCGGGAUUCGAGGGCGAGCGAUCACGACGAUAAGAGUGGUCUUGUUACACCAGCGCUCGUUCGCCAAGCUAGUCUAGGCAGGAGGACAAAACCGUCUCUCAUGACGAUCAAAUCUGUGGACAGCCUUGGGGAGAGGAAGGGAGCUUCGGUGAAGCGAAAACCAACGCCUGGUGGCGCAGGAGCAGCGGUAGGGGCGGCGGGCAUAGGAAGUGCAGUAUUGGCAGCAAGAGACGGAAUUGGAGCACGCGGAAUGCUAGCCCCAUCAAGCGGAUCUCUCAACAGCGGCACUGGGCUUCUUGAUGCUUCUUCUUCCGAAAAUUCCUUGAACUCGACCAGGGACGCCGACUCACGAUAUGGGGACUCAGAAUCACAGACGGCGUUGGACCCGGAAAAGGACGGAUCUAGAUCGCCGGUACAUCCGCUGCAGCAGGAAACGCGUCAGACAACGUUAGCAGAACGCGUUGGGAAGCGUCGGCCGCCGCGCAUUGACGUCGACGCAGUACGCGAAGCGGAAGCGCGUGGCAGCUUGACCAGCUUACCGGAGCUGAUCAGGCGAGCAACCAGGCUGGCCGCAAAUCUCGAUCGCGGAAAGACUGCUAGCAGAUUAGGGCUCGACUUUUGGGAGUCAGGUGCGCCAGAGAAGGGCUCUCGCAGAUCUGGUUCCUUGUCAGAUAUGCUCGCCGCGUUCCCUCCUCCAGGCGAAGCUACACCCCUCGGAGCGACCACUCCCAAUCCGAAGCGGACCUCUCAAUGGCCCUCUGCUGGUAACGGCGGCUAUGGUGGAGCGGAUUCUGCGAUGAGCGAUCGAAAGCCUAACAACAAACGCCGCCGCCGAUGCUGUGGCAUGCCCAUGUGGACAUUCGUCACGCUCCUGAUUGUGCUCUUGUUCCUCAUCGCUGCUGCAGUCAUCAUCCCUAUCGUCCUCAUUGUUCUCCCUAGGAUGAAGAACAAUGGGCAAAAUACCGCUGCGCAGGACACCUCCGCGACUGGAACAAGUACCAGCAACAAUCCUGCUGCGCCCGCGCCCACGUCAGGUGGUCAAAACGAUCAGUGCAGCGGUAUCAUCACGUGCCAGAACGGUGGUGUCGCCAUCUUGAACGCCGACCGGUCGUGCAAUUGUGUAUGCAUCAAUGGAUUCACCGGGAGGACCUGUGCCACUGAGGGAGACUCGGGAUGUACUACUACGAGCAUCGGCCCAGCCAACAACGCUACCGUCGGCUCCGGAAUCCCAAGGCUAAUCGAGAGUGCUCAGAAUCAGUUUAGCAUUCCUCUGAACUCGACUGUUCUCUUGUCGCUCUUCUCUAGCCUCUCCUUGAGCUGCACGGCGGAGAAUGCGCUCAUCACUUUCAACGGUCUCGCGUCUCGCUCGGUUGCGCAGGAUUAUAUUCUUGUUGAAACUUCAGUCACACCCUCACGGUCCCUCCCAAUACUCGACGCGCCGCAUCCAGAGCGAGCGCCGCGCGGGCUGGAUCAAAGGCAAGCAAUUGGCGGACCAGGAGUUGCCAACGCGAACGCGAACGCAGCUGCAACAGCAACAGCAACAGCAACAUCUGAGCCCAGCGCAACUCCCACACCAGACGAGCCUAUUUCGAGCAAUGCAACUGCCAUUGAUUUCGCACGCGUCGGAGUCCUCCUAGCAUUGCAAGAAACUGGCAAGCUAGACACCGCGGCCAGUGCGCAGGAAUCCAUCCAGAACUUUCUUUCCGAGGAUCGGGCUGGAAACGCCGAGGGAAACACAGUCGACGUGGGAACAUUCACAAUCGAUCUCGUUCAGCUCUCCAUCAAGUUCGAAAACGGGACUACCAUCCAAGCGUCCUCGAACGCGACGUCUUCGUCGUAAUGUCGUUACGACUUCCAUCAUCUUCGUUUCUUUCCAUACACAAAUACCCCUUUCGUGCAUUCUCACAUGAGAUUCUCUUCGCCAAAAUCUUUUCUUUGUCAUACCAUGUACCAUAUGGCGGCGUGUCUU